CAAGCUACGAUCAUCGUACGGACAAGCCGGUUCACUUCCUUGAAAGCAAACCUCCUGCGCUCCCCACUUCCAACUCACUCCAGCCUGGCAGUUCCCCCAUCGUCAGCUUCCUUCUGUCACCAGCUAGCUCUCCAUAUCGUCUGAUCGUACAUCAAUACUCAGCUUGACGCCAACAUGGCGCUCAUUCAGACCAGCCUCAUAUGGGUUGCAUAUGCAGUCGCGAUAGCGAUUCUCCUCAUUAUUGCUUCGGUGUUCGUAUACGUCUACCAGACCCCGCGGGACAGGGCUGCUUCGGUCACGACAGUAUGCAUCAUCACCAUGAGCGCGCUCCUGGCAACGAUCCUGCUGCUGCCUGUGGAUGUUGCGCUUGUAUCUGCAACCACGAUUUCGAAGGAGGGGCGAAAGAAGGACUGGGCGACGCCUGAGGCUGUCGACAGUAUUCUAUACACCCUCAAGAUUGUAUACUACACUCUGUUUUCUCUGGACGCCGUUCUGUGCCUCCUGGUUGUGCCGUUUACGUACUUCUGGCAUGAAGAGACCGACGACGAAGCGCGCACAAUGGGGACGCAAUCAUUUGGAAAGCAAUUCUGGGGUGCGUUCAAGUACACUAUUGCGUUCAUCUUCCUGGUCGUAAUCCUGUUUCUUGUUGGAUUCUUCGUGCCCGUUGCAAAGGAUAGCCAUGAUCUCGACUACUUUAAGAAGCUUUUGACCGAGAACCGAGGUGAAAGGGCUCUGACGUUUGCGCUCGGGCUACUCAUCACAAUUGGUACGGUCAUCUAUGUACUCUACACAGCAGCAGGACUCGCACUCCUCCCAGUCGCGCUCAUCAAGUCAGCACCCGCAAUCUCUGCUCCAAACUUGGCAGCGAACACUGCUUCGCAGCUGGAGCAGAAUCGUGAGCGCCAGAGGCAGCUGGAGGGCCGCAACGAAGGCCGUGAGGGCGGCCUCGAGUCAAGAGACAGGCGUGAGCUCGAGGGCCUCGUGCGAGAAGAACGAACGCUGAUCCGCAGAGAACGACUUGCGGCGGAGACCCAAGGCGAGGGCCGCAGCUGGAUCGUGCGAGCGUGGAUCAAGGUCGAAGCCGUCUUCCGGCCGUUCAAGCUGCUCUUCGGCUUCCUCCUGAUGCUGCUCGCCCUGCUCAUCUUCGUCAGCAUGCUCAUCACCGGCAUCGACAAGGCCAAGAACUCGAUCUGCAAGGAAAAGUGCGGCUACAUCCUCGGCCACAUCAACAUCUUCCAGCCGAUCAACUGGGUGUUUGUCAAGGCGGCGCGCGUCUUUCCCAUCGACUACAUCCUCUUCCUCCUCCUCGUGCUCUUCUUCUUCGCCGCCUCGGUCGUCGGCAUCGCCUCGGUCGGCAUCCGCUUUCUCUGGAUCAAGCUCUUCAGCAUCCGCAAAGGCCACACCUCCCCGCAAGCCCUCCUCAUGGCCACAGUCAUGCUCACCCUCAUCGUGCUGGCAAUCAACUACUCCAUCGCCAUGCUAGUCGCCCCGCAAUACGCAACCUACGGGCCCCAAACCUUCUGCGACCGCGCCGCCGCCCAGUCCCCCGACUCCAAAUCCCCAGCAGACUGCACCAGCCACCCCGCCUCCAUAAAACCCUGCACCGAACUCGCCGCCAACCCCGCCGCAAAACAAACCUGCACCCCCACCCUCAUCAGCACCUUUCUCAACCGCAUCACCGCAAACUUCCCCUUCUUCGGCAUCGUGGCCUUUUGGGCCCAAUUCGCUUUUUUGGCAGUCUAUCUGGUCGUCUUUGUCACGACGCUGUUCCGCGUGCCCAGGCUGGAUACGGAGCAGUUGGAUGCGGAUCUCGAGGAGGAGGAGGAGGAGGGCUUGUUGAGUUCGACGGGGAGGCGGUUUGAUGCUACGUGGCAGGAUAUUACGGGGCGGGCGCGGGUGAGGCAGGAGAGGUGGGCUGCGGGGUAUGGUGGUGUUGGGGGUGGGGAGGGGGGUGACGAGUAG